CAUUUUUACCAGUUCCUAUAUGACUUUAAUUAGAUGUUAAGCUGACAUUGCAGAAAAAUGUUAAAAGUUGUAUUCUUUCCAGUAAAACGUCACUGCAAACAAAGUUCUGUUUAUUUUAUGUUGACAUAGUGAAUUGUGUUUGUGGUUAUUAGCAUAUUAAUAUGGUAACACAUAUAAUGCCUGCCAUAGAAUUAUAGAUCCAGCAAUUAGAUCCAUCAUGUGCUGUACGUGCUGGAGUUUUUGUUGGCCCGUGCUCAAUAAAUACUACAGAAAAUCCUGUCAUUAUCAGUAAAGAACUUAGACGACAAAAACGCACUAAGAUUGGAAAGAUUACAAAAUAUAUUCACGUACAAUUACAAAUAGAUGAAAUUAAUUUGUCUUGAUCAUCUGAAAUAAACGUGUACAACAAUUUUAAUGGAUCUGCAGUGGUGCCUCGAUGGUAGCACACCUGCGAAUAUCCUUUUACAAGAAAAUAAGAGAAAGAAAGUGUUUUUGAAUUUUUAAAAAAAUGUCACCUGUGCAUCUGCGAAAGCAGGAUAAAAGUGUAUGUGCCAGCACGUGCCCUAUCUGUACCUCAAUGGACACCGUACGCGCGUGUAGCUGUUGUUGCCUAGCAAUCGUACACAUCAUCGAGAUCUGAACGUUCCCUGCCGUGACACCUCGCAAGUGGUAAACAAGACUCAGUUUUCGGUCAUGAAGAAUACAACGAAUGUUAUUUUUAAUGUUGCUACUAAGUAAGAAACAAACUACACUGCAUUCAGGAAGUGAGUCACUCGGGAAGAUCUAAAGAAGCUUUGACGUACCAGCAAUGCCAGACCUCACUCUCUGAAACAGUACAUUUGGGAGCAGAUAACUUGUGUACACUGGCAGUGUACAGAGAAUCACACUGUCAAUUUUCAGCAAUUCAUUGUAAUAGUAGUGACUACAAGGUAUAUACUAGUCCUCUGUCAUCUAGUCCAGCACUAAUACAACGUUCCCUUGCAGUUUCCAUGCCAGCAUGUUUACUAGUAAAGAGCGAGACGCUACUGGCCUGGUGCUGAGUGUUCUGCACGAGUGGGACCAGGGCAAUAAGUCUGCCCGAGCUUCCAUGCUGCAGGAAUUCCUGACACGUAAUGCCGGAAAGACAAGUAUGGAGCUGGAGCUGGAGUUUGCUCAGGCUGGAAGCCUGUUCCUCGCUCGCAUCACUGCCUGGAUGAGACUAACCUACAUGUUUGGCACAUAUCUGGAACUUCAGCUGAGAGCACUGGAGGUGUUCCUCUCAGCUGCCGGCAGUCACAGGUAUCUGAUGGAGUUUCUGGAGAUGGGUGGAGUGCUCACCCUGCUGGAGGUUCUGGGACACAGUCAGAUCACAGAGAAGGCGAAAACGCAAGCUCUGCACCUGCUCCGAAUCAUCGCUAACACUGGCCGAAAGUACAAGGAGAUCAUCUGUGAAAGCUACGGUGUGAGGGCUGUAGCCGAGUGUUUGGCUACAGCCUGUGCUGAGGAGACCCAGCACACAGCCUCUGUCCUGCUGGAGGCAUUGGCUCAUGGGAACCCCAGAUACCAGCAGCAGGUGUACAAAGGCCUGGUGGCACUGCUAUCCUGCAACUGCCCAAAAACCCAGCAGCUUGUGCUUCAGACUGUGCGCACAGUCCAGGUUAUUGUAAAGACGGCUCACCUGAGUAUUGUAGAACCCUUGCUGAAUUUGUUGCGGUCUCUACACUUGGAGGUGCAGUAUGAGGCAAUAGAGCUUAUCAAAGAGCUGCAGCAGACAGAGGUGAGACCUGCUCUGCUCCGUGCGCUAGUCACCCUCCUAAAACCAGCCAGAGAGGGAGUCUGCAAACACAAGAUCCUUCAGGAUCCAGAGAUGGUGAAGAUGACAGAAUCACUACCACUGUUUGUCCAGCAGGCAGCUGCAGCUAAAGUCCUUCGGAUGUUAGCCGAGGAGAAGCAAGACAUAUCUGAAGAACUGAUUCAUCUUGGUGUGAUUCACCAUCUACUCUGUGCUAUGGGCAAUCUGGAACAUGCAGACACUCAAAGACAAGCAAGCCUGGCUUUGGAGCACUUUGUGCGCUCCUACCCGGUGGUGGAGGAACACGUGCGCACUGCCAUGGGACCGGCUCUGUUCGACUGCUUCAUGCACAACGCUGAACUGCUGUACAUGAGCACGGACCAAGUUCAGGCUGAUCUCUUACUGGCAAACAAAGUGCAUAUUUUAAGAGAGCCUGAAGUGCGGAAUACAGAUUCCUGACCGUCACGAGACAGAUGUGGAUUUAUUCUUUAAAUAUAUUAAACACAUUUGAUUUUUCAAGUGCAAUAAA